AGUCUGUUCUGCUCAGACCUCGAGCCCAAUCCCCCCCAGUAGCGCAGCCCAUAGACCUUGGGAGAGGGGCACUGUUUAUAGUUGGUCCUUCCCACCAACAGAACCAUAAGCAAAUUCCCUAUGUACUGACCCCAUCCAAGUGUAAGAAUUGUGGGGGAUCUUUCCCUUGUUCUCAGCAUCCUGAUGUUCCUUUAGAAACCUACAGUGGACAGAAAUUCCAGCAAUGUCAGCAGCGAGGACAAAACUUGAAUCAAGGGUUACCCCAUUGUGACCAUAUUCACAUAAAUGCAGGAGAGAAACCACAUGUAUGUGAAGAAUGUGGGAAGGCCUUCGAUCAAUCUUCAGAUCUUAUUAUACAUAGGAGAAUUCAUACUGGAGAGAGACCUUAUGUUUGUAAGGAAUGUGGGAAGGCCUUCUUUCAAUCAAGGUACCUUACUAUGCACAGGAAACGUCAUAGUGGAGAGAAACCUCAUCAGUGUCAGACAUGUGGGAAGGCCUUCACUUAUCCCUCCUGCCUUACUAAUCAUAUGAAAAUUCAUAGUGGAGAGAAGCCUUAUCAAUGUAAGGAAUGUGGGAAGGCCUUUGUUAAUUCCUCAGGCCUUACUAGUCAUCUAAGAAUUCAUACUGGAGAGAAACCUUAUGUUUGUAAGGAAUGUGGGAAGGCCUUUUCUCAAUCUGUCCAUCUUAAUAAGCACAGGAAAAUUCAUAGUAAAGAGAAACCUCAUUUAUGUCAGAAGUGUGGGAGGGCCUUCACUUUUGCCUCACACCUUACUAAACAUAUGAAAAUUCAUAGUGGUGAGAAACCUCAUCAGUGUCAUAUAUGUGGGAAGGCCUUCACUCUGUCCUCAGGUCUUACAACACAUAUGAAAAUUCAUAGUGGAGAGAAACCUCAUCAGUGUCAGACAUGUGGGAAGGCCUUCACUGUGAACUCUUCCCUUACUGUGCAUAUGAGAAUUCAUACUGGAGAAAAACCAUAUAUAUGUCAGGAGUGUGGGAAGGCCUUUAAUAAAUCCUCAAAACUUUCUCUACAUAGGAGAAUUCACACUGGAGAGAAGCCAUAUAUGUGCAAGGAAUGUGGGAAGUCCUUUGAUUAUUGCUCAGAGCUUACUCUUCAUCUAAGAAUUCAUAGUGGAGAGAAACCUUAUGUUUGUAAGGAAUGUGGGAAGGCCUUUGUUAAUUCCUCAGGCCUUACUCGUCAUCUAAGAAUUCAUACUGGAGAGAAACCUUAUGUUUGUAAGGAAUGUGGGAAGACCUUUUCUCAAUCUGGGCAUCUUAAUAAGCACAGGAAAAUUCAUAGUGAAGAGAAACCUUAUUUAUGUCAGAAAUGUGGGGAGGCCUUCACUUUCCCCUCACACCUUACUAAACAUAUGAAAAUGCAUAAUGGAGAAAAACCUCAUCAGUGUCAUACAUGUGGGAAGGCCUUCACUCUGUCCUCAAGUCUUACAUCACACAUGAAAAUUCAUAGUGGAGAGAAACCUCAUCAGUGUCACAUUUGUGGGAAGGCCUUCACUCUGCGCUCUUACCUUACUCUGCAUAUGAGAAUUCAUACUGGAGAGAGGCCUUAUGUAUGUCUGGACUGUGGGAAGACCUUUAUUUCAUCCUCACCGUUGACUGUACAUAGGAGAAUUCACACUGGAGAGAAACCGUUUGAAUGUAAAGAAUGUGGGAAGGCCUUUUCUAUGGGCUCAGUACUUAAUGUGCAUAGGAGGAUUCACACUGGAGAGAAGCCGUAUAUAUGUAAGGAAUGUGGAAAGGCCUUUACUAGAGCCUCAAAACUUAGUCUACAUAGGCGAAUUCACACUGGAAUGAAACCGUACAUAUGCAAGGAAUGUGGGAAGGCCUUUUGUCAAUCUCAGUACCUUACUAAGCACAGGAGAAUUCACAGUGGAGAGAAACCUCAUCAGUGUCAGACAUGUGGGAAGGCCUUUGCUCUGCGCUCUUCCCUUACUCUGCAUAUGAGAAUACUGGAGAGAAACCCUAUGCAACAGAAGGGCGUGGUGACCUUCCCCAAUGUGGUCAUGAGAUUCACUACAGAGGAGUGGACGUGCCUGGAUGUGUCUCAGAGGAAGCUCUACGGGGCUGUGAUGCUGAAGACCUGCAGCACCUGUGGGCCGUGGGUGAGAGCUACUGAAGCAGACGGGCCCCAGCUGGAAGCCGAACUUCUGGUCGGGCUGUCUGGAGCCGGAGGUCGCCACAUCCAGAAGCGGCACAACCGGUCCCUGGGGGCGCUGAAUUCCAGCAGGGUCUAA